AACACACCACUGAACUCUCUAGCUAGGUACAAGUGAUAAUAGUGUCCUCAUCUUAAGUAAAACUAAUGGCCUUUCCAACCAAUGGUGAUUCAGCUAUGAUCAGUGUCCAGGAGCUCAUCAAAGAGCCCUUGAUGUUGGUCCCACAACAAUACAUCCGUUUGGGUGAUCAAGGACCUUCAACUACUAUUCUCUCUCAUCAUUCAAAUCUCUCACCUACUCUGCCAAUUCUUGAUAUGAAACUAUUGGAGUCAGGUUCUGAGCUUCACAAAUUGCAUUCAACCUGCAAAGAUUGGGGUUUCUUUCAGGUGGUGAACCAUGGUGUAAGUUGUUCAUUAAUGGAGAAACUGAGAUACGAGAUUGAAGGGUUUUACAAGCUUCCUGUAGAGGAGAAAAUGAAGUACAAGAUAAGGCCAGGAGAUGUUGAAGGGUACGGGUCGAUCGCCCAAGGCGAAGGAAAGCUUGAUUGGCGAGAUAGGUUCUCUAUGAUAACCAAUCCCCUCACCAGAAGAAAACCAUAUCUAUUUCCAGAGCUCCCUUCAUCUUUAAGGAAUACCUUAGAGCGUUAUAUAACCGAGUUGCAAGAACUCGGCAUGAAACUUCUUAUGGUUAUGGCGAGGGCUUUAGAGAUAGAGAAAGAGGAAGUGAUGGAGUUGUUUGAGGAUGGGAUGCAAUCGAUGGUGAUGACUUAUUAUCCUCAAUGUCCACAGCCGGAGCUGGUUAUGGGGAUUACGCCUCAUUCCGAUGCAAGCGGAAUCACCAUCCUUAACCAACUUAAUGGGGUGGAUGGUCUGGAGAUUAAAAAAGACGGGGUUUGGAUACCUGUGAAUUUUCUACCAGAUGCCUUUAUUGUGAAUGUAGGAGACAUAUUAGAGAUUUUAAGCAAUGGGAUCUACAGUAGCAUAGAGCACAAGGUCACGGUGAAUUCAAAGAAAGAAAGGAUUUCCGUAGCUUUCUUCAUGAGCCCUAAAUUUGAGGCUGAUAUUAGACCUGUUUCAAGUCUAAUCAAUUUACAAAACCCCCCAUUAUUCAAGAAAUUAGGGAUGGAGCAGUACGUCAAAGAUUUCCUUUCUCGCAAGCUCAACGGAAAAUCGUAUCUGGAGCAUAUGAAAAUCGAAACUGAUUAGGUCUCACUGGGAACACCAGUUGAUGCCAAAAAUUAAUAGAUAAUUACUAUGGGUUUAGCAAUAAAUAUAUUAUCCCGCGCUGGGUGUAGUAAAAUAGUAUGUUGUGGUGUGGCGUUGAAAUAAAGUCAUAUUUGCAUGAUGUGCUUUUACAUGGUUUUGUGUGUUUGAUGUAUGUAAUCACUAUUUGUACUUAUAAGUAAAUAAAAAUGCAGGGUCGUUUAUGGUGUGUGCCUAAA